GGGGUGGGGCGGGUCGGGGGCAUGGCCAUGGCCGCGGCGGGCGGGGAGGGUCGGGCUCCGGCUCGGGGCAUCUCUGGCGGCGGCGGUGGGGGGUCCGCGGCGCUGUAAUCCGGGGCACUGGCGGCGCUGGCGGCGAGCGGAAAGCACAGAUAAAAAUGGAAAAACCGUGGCUCUCCCGCCUGACACUGCCGCCUAAGGCCACGGCAGCCGCGCAGACGGAAGCGUUUCUCCUAGAUGAAGGGACUGAAUGAGAUACACAGCUGACAGUUUCUUCCCUGUUCUAGGCUUGACACUGCCAUUGACCUCUUUGGUGUAACCAUAAGUAAUUUCCUGCCCCUUCGCUUUCCCAUCUAAAAUGGUUUCCUGCAUCCUACAGGUAAAUUUAAUUAACGCAGGGAAAAGGGCCUCCAGUCUUUGGAGAGAGUUUGAAGAAAUCCUGCCUGAAUGUUUCUGAGCGUUGUGCUGCUUCUAGCUGCUCAGCAUGCCUUGGCUGCUCCAGCUCUGCACGCUCUGACCAUGAGCAGCAAUUCCUCCCUCAGCAAUGUGAAGGGCCUGAGGAACCUCACCACGCAGGAAGACGGGGCGGUCAGAGUCACCGAGUCCAUUGCUAUAAUCGUCAUUGCUAUUUUCAUCUGUUUGGGCAACCUGGUGAUUGUCAUUACCCUGUAUCGGAAGUCUUACCUUCUCACGUUGAGCAACAAGUUUGUGUUCAGCCUGACCCUCUCCAACUUUCUGCUCUCUGUACUGGUGCUGCCUUUUGUUGUCACCAGCUCCAUCAGGCGAGAAUGGAUCUUCGGAGUUGUUUGGUGCAAUUUCUCCGCCCUGCUCUACAUGCUGAUCAGCUCAGCCAGCAUGCUUACUCUUGGACUUAUAGCUAUAGACCGGUACUAUGCUGUCCUGUACCCGAUGGUUUACCCAAUGAAGAUAACGGGCAACAGAGCAGUCGUAGCUCUUGUGUAUGUGUGGCUACAUUCCCUUAUUGGCUGCCUCCCUCCACUUUUCGGUUGGUCAUCUUUGGAGUUUGACCAGUUCAAGUGGAUGUGUGUGGCAGCCUGGCAUAAAGAGGCUGGCUACACUGCCUUCUGGCAGAUCUGGUGUGCCCUGCUGCCUUUCGUGGUCAUGAUGAUCUGCUAUGGAUUCAUAUUCCGAGUGGCAAGGAUUAAGGCCCGCAAAAUCCACUGUGGUAGUGUCAUCAUUGUGGAGGAGGACUCCCAGAGGAAUGGGAGGAAGAACUCCAACACUUCCACAUCCUCUUCGGGCAGCCGAAGGAAUGCUUUCCAAGGGGUUGUCUACUCAGCCAACCAGUGCAAAGCUUUCAUAACCAUCUUGGUUGUCAUCGGUGCUUUCGUGAUUACGUGGGGGCCUUACAUGGUAGUAAUUACAUCAGAAGCACUUUGGGGAAAGAAUAGUAUUUCCCCUGCUUUGGAGACAUUAGCUACAUGGUUGUCCUUUUCCAGUGCCAUUUGCCAUCCACUAAUUUAUGGACUGUGGAACAAGACAGUGCGCAAAGAACUACUAGGAAUGUGUUUUGGGGAUCGGUAUUAUCGCGAGUCCUUUGUCCAGCGGCACAGGACAUCGAGGUUAUUCAGCAUUUCCAACAGGAUCACAGAUUUGGGGCUAUCUCCUCAUCUCACUGCCCUCAUGGCAGGUGGGCGGCCACUAGGAAACAGCAGCAGCACAGGAGACACAGGUUUCAGCUGCUCACAGGAUUCAGGAACAGAGACAAUGCUUCUUGAAGAUUAUAGCUCAGAUGGCACUCAAGCCCCACACUGUGUCUGUCCUCCUCGAAGGAGGAGUUCAGUGACGUUUGAAGAUGAAGUAGAGCAAAUUAAAGAAUCUGCAAAGAAUUCUGUUCUUAAUGUAAAAGCUGAAGUCCAUAAAUCUCUGGACAGUUAUGCAUCCAGUUUAGCAAGAGCUAUUGAAGCUGAUGUGAAGAUCAGCUUGUUUGGGGAAGAUGCUUUACCAGGAGCUCUGUUCCCUGUGCGGACUCUGCCAGGAAGCACCAUGAACACACGGCGUGGUGUCAGGCCCCAUGCCAGCCAAAGACUUAAGUUGCAAAGCAUCGAUGAAGGGAAUAUUUGACAGGAGCACUGGGGUAUGAAACCAGAAUGAAACCACUAAGUGGGACCUACUACAGCUGUUGGUGUUUCAACAGAACCAGGACAUCUUGUCGGGAUGUUUUCAGUGUUUUUUCAACACUUGAAAAACAGCUGAAUUCUGAUACUUGCAUCAGCAUUUUACAGCAGUGUUUGUUUACUGUUUAGGGUGCUAUUGACUCUUGUGCCAUGUCUCAAGUCUAUCACACAGUGUGUAGGAAUGCAGGGUUUGGUUUCAUUGACCAGAUCAUUAGCCUGUUGAAUCUUGGGCCCAGUAUUGGCCAAAGCUGAUACAGAAAUGAAAAAGGAAAAGUAUUUGCAGUGCCUAAUUCAUUAUUACAUUGAUCCUUUUCUGACCACCAGGAUAAUCAUUUUAUACUUGAUAGCUGGAGUGCUCUGAAUAGGAGCUUGUUUGUUGGAUACUGUGUACAGCAUUACUGCCACAGACUCCCAAAUGAGGAGCGUGGACUUGACUUAGGCCAAAACCUGAACUUUUCAGAGAGCUCAUGCAAGUUAUGGUCUUUCUUACCCUUGCUAGUGCAUAUUUCUGGCUGUUCAGCCAUCAGAACACUAGAUCUGAAAGUGUACCGUGUGUUGCUUCUGCAUUAUGAGGCAGCAGCUUCUUUAGAUGUAGGAGGUGGGAGCAGACCUGUGCUAGAAAUACCGCAGAGAUGGUAUUUGAGGAAAUCAUCAAUGCAGAGUUCAUAGUUUCUCUGAGAACUUCACUUCCAUGGUUUUGCUUUUACUAAAAGGGCACUCUACGGCUGUGGUAAGCUUGACAGAAUAUGAAGAAGGUAUUACCACUUCAGGAUUCAUCUUUUUUAGAGACACAAGUUCUAUGAGGGUUUUUUGCUUUGUUUUUUUUUUUUAAUCAUGAGGGAAUGUAGUGUUUAAGCUAUAGGUACCUCAGUGCAUCUAUUUCUUGGAAUAUUAAUUCGUGAAUCUCUAAAAUAGGAAGAUUUGGCACUUACAUUGCACUUUGCAUGUUCUUAAGCACUGUACAGACAUGACCUUGCUAGGCGUUUGUGAGAGGGUUGAUCAGCCCUGCUUGCCAAAGAAGGGAGACUCUGCAACAGUCAAGCUGCUGGCAACUAAACAGGCUGCAAAGGUGAAAAGGUUUGUUAGGAAAAGAGGGAUGAGGUGGAUUGUACAAGGAUGCCCAGCUUGAGGAACCCUUAUGUGCCUUCCUGGGCUGGCCUCUUCCUUACUUUGUGGGGUUUGCAGCCCUGCCUUACUGCUUAUUUCAAAGAGAGGGAGACAUAAAUGAGUAGGACAAUUUCUUGGGGAUGGAUGUCAGUAGCAAAUAGACAUAAGGACCAAGGAUUUGCAUGUUUACUCUGUGCCCGCUCCCCCCAUGCCUCCACCUUUCCCCAGAAGUGGUGUGUUUGAGGUUUUGCAGCAGACGGUUUGGAAAUCAGGGGCAGGAUGUUUCCAUCUGGGCAAAAAGUGGAUGUACACUUGUUAAAUUACAGCUGUGUGUGAUGUACUUGGAGGCAGAGAAGCAAACUGUUCUUGAGGCAGAGCCCCAGUACUGUACAUAGACACCCCCGUUGUCUGUGUUCCCAACUUGGAAACGUAUUUCAGCAGAAGCUUAUGUCCAUCUCUGGACAAAGCAGCUUGACUUUAUGAACUAGUCUGAAUCCCAUUACAUUGCCAUGUAAGGUACAACUGCAUGCUUAAAAUUCAGUACAUGGUUUGCUGAUUAAGAACGGGCUGUUACAGCAAGAACACUUGAGUACCAGUAAGAUGGCUCUUCGCCUAACGCAGGAAUUAAAAUACUAAUAACAGUGAAA